UCCUGCAGGGGGCGUGUCCUCCCCCGGAAAUAGGAGCAUUCCCCACCUACGGAAUCCUCGCAGCUGCGUGCGGAGUCUGGGAUGAGCGUCUUGGCUGCGGCAGGCGCCGGGCGGCUGUACGCCGUGCGCGCAGUCUUUACUUGUCUUUGGAGAGGAAAGUACUUCAGCUCCGGGAAUGAGCCGGCAGAAAACAACCCGGUGACCCCUAUGCUGCGGCAUCUUAUGUACAAAAUCAAGUCUACUGGUCCCAUCACCGUGGCCGAGUACAUGAAGGAGGUCUUGACCAACCCAGCCAAGGGCUAUUAUGUGAACCGUGACAUGCUAGGAGAAAAAGGAGAUUUCAUUACUUCACCUGAAAUAAGUCAGAUCUUUGGGGAGCUCCUAGGGAUAUGGUUAAUCAGUGAAUGGAUAGCCACUGGAAAAAAUGCAGCUUUCCAACUGGUGGAACUGGGCCCAGGCAGGGGUACCCUCUUGGGAGAUAUUUUGAGGGUGUUCAGUCAGCUUGCAUCUGUGCUGAAAAACUGUGACAUUUCAAUACAUCUGGUAGAAGUGAGCCAAAAAUUAAGUGAGAUUCAAGCAUUAACGUUGACUGAAGAGAAGGUCCUAUUAGAGCGAAAUGCUGGAUCCCCAGUAUAUAUGAAAGGUGUCACUAAGUCUGGAAUUCCAAUUUCCUGGUACCGAGAUCUGCAAGAUGUUCCAAAAGAGUACAGCUUUUAUCUUGCACAUGAAUUUUUCGAUGUUCUUCCUGUGCAUAAGUUUCAGAAAACACCACACGGAUGGCGAGAAGUACUCAUUGAUAUUGAUCCACAGGUUUCUGAUAAACUGAGAUUUGUUUUGGCGCCUUGUGCCACCCCAGCAGAAGCCUUCAUACAAUGUGAUGAAACAAGGGAUCACGUGGAAGUGUGUCCUGAUGCUGGUGUUAUUAUUCAGGAACUUUCUCAACGCAUUUCAGAAACUGGAGGUGCUGCCCUGAUUGCUGAUUAUGGUCAUGAUGGAACUAAGACAGAUACCUUCAGAGGGUUUUGUGGCCACAGGCUUCAUGAUGUCUUAAUUGCCCCGGGAACAGCAGACCUCACAGCUGACGUGGACUUCAGUUACUUGCGCAGAAUGUCCCAGGGGAAAGUAGCUUCUCUGGGUCCAGUAAAACAGCAAACAUUUUUAAGAAAUAUGGGCAUUGAUGUCCGGCUGAAGGUUCUUUUAGAUAAAUCAGAUGAGCCAUCACUGAGGCAGCAGUUACUUCAGGGCUAUGAUAUGUUAAUGAAUCCUACGAAGAUGGGAGAAAGAUUUAACUUUUUUGCCUUGAUACCUCAUCAGAGACUUCAUGGUAGAAAUCAUCAGAUGAAUGCAUGUCAGUCAAAACCCUCUCCAUCACCUGUAGCUGGGUUUGGUGAACUUGCUUGGCGGUGAUAUUUCAGUUUGGACUUUCUACUCCCAAGUUGGCCUAAGAAACUAGACUAAAGGGAACACAUUUUAUAUAUCACAGGUAAAAUAAGUAUUAAAAUAUUUUAUCUCUUCACAGCCAAUAAAAAUAGCCCAUACAGUACAACUGAAAAUUGAUCUUUUAAGAUUGUGUUUGAUUCUUGGUACAAAUGUGUGUUCUCAAUUUAAUGAAACUUAUUAUUGGGUUUCCUCUAAUUAAUAAAGCUCGUUGCUGUAUUUUUAUUUUAAAAUGUAAACAUGAAUUCUGAUUGGUUUUAUAACUGGAAACAACUGGCCAUUCACAGGGGACUGAUUAAAUAGAACUAUCCAUAUAUUUUUAAAAUGAGGUAGAGUAGUAUGUUCUGACAUAGAUUGCUAAGAUUUAGUAAGUGAAAAAGUAGGGUGCAAAAUGUUUUGUAGUUAUGAUUCCAUUUUUGUUGGAGAAAAGCUACAUUUAAAGAAAUGCUUAGAAGUAAUUUCACAGCAAUUAAAACACUAAAUGCGGACUGGUUGUUUUCUGUUCAGUGAUACUUACUUUUAUAUAAAAAGUAAGGAAAGGAUGCCCAAUAAUCACUAGUUAUUAAAGGGACUGUCUUCUCCAUUGUAUAUUCUUUCCUCCUUUGUUGUAGAUGAAUUGACCAUAGGUGCGUGAGUUUAUUUCUGGGCUCUCUGUUCUGUUCCAUUGAUGUGUGUCUGUUUUUGUGCCAAUAUGCUGUUUUGAUAACUGUAGCUUUGUAGUAAGGUCUGAAGUCAGAGAGCAUGAUACCAUCAGCGUUGUUCUUUUUUCUCAAGAUUGCUUUGGGAAUUUGGGUCUUUUGUGGUUCCAUAUUAAUUUUAGGAUUAUUUGUUCUAGUUGUGUGAAAAAUGUCAUGGGUAUUUUGAUGGGGAUUGCAUUAAAUCUGUAGAUUGCUUUUGGGUAGUAUUGACAUUUUAACAAUAUUAAUUCUUGCAAUCCAAGAACAUAGGAUAUAUUUCCAUUUCUUUGUAUCAUUUUCAGAUUCCUUCCUCAGUGUUUUAUAGCUGUCAGAGUAUAGGUCUUCCACCUUCUUGGUUAUUUAUUCCUAGAUAUUUUAUUCUUUUUGAUGCCAAUUUUAAAUGGGAUUGUUUUCUGGCUUUCUCUGAUAGUUCAUUAUUUGUGUAUAGAAAAGCAACAGAUUUCUGUGUAUUAAUCUUGUAUCCUGCAAGUUUACUGGAUUCGUUAGUUCUAACAGUUUUUUGCUGGAGACUUUAGGGUUUUCUAUGUACAGUAUCAUGUCAUCUGCAAAUAGAGACAAUUUUAUUUUUUCCCUUCCAAUUUGGAUUUUAGAGGGAAGAUUUUCAGCUUUUCCCUAUUGAGUGUGGUUAAGUGGCCUUUAUUAUGUUGAGAUAUGUUCCCUCUAUAUCAACUUUGUUGAGAGUUUUUAUCAUGAAUGUUAAAUUUUGUCAGAUGCUUCUUCUCUUUUGAGAUGAUCAUAUGAUUUUUAUCCUUUUGUUAAUGUAGUGGGUCACACUGAUUGAUUUGCAAAUAUUGAACUAUCCUUGUGUUCCUGGAAUACAUCCCACUUGAUCAUGGUGUGUGAGCCUUUUAAUAUAUUGUUGGAUUCAGUUUGCUAACUUAUGAGGAUUUUUUGCAUCUAUAUUCAUCAAAGAUACUGGACUGUAAUUUUCUUUUGUAGAGUCCUUAUCUGGUUUUGGUACUAGGAUAAUAAUGGUGGUCUUGUAGAAUGAAUUUGGGAGCAUUCCAUUCUCUUCAGUUUUUGGAAUAGUUUGAGAAGGAUAGGUAUUAGCUUUUCUUAGUAUGUUUAGAAUUCCCCUGUGAAGCCUGAACUUUGGUUUGCUGGGAGGUUUUUUAUUAAUUACAAAUUCAAUUUCACUACUAAUGACUGGUCUGAACUGUCCAGAUUGUCUGUUUCUUAACUCAGUCUUGGCAGGUUGUAUGUUUCUAGAAAUUUUUCCAUUUCUUCUAGGUUGUCCACUUUGUUGGCAUAUAAUUGUUUGUAGUAUUCUCUUAUGAUUUUUUUUUUGUAUCUCAGUAGUACAGCUGUUGUUUCUCCUCUUUCUUAUUUUGUUUAUUUGGGUCCUCUCUUUUUUCUCAAUGAGCCUGGCUAAAGGUUUAUCAAUUUUGCAAAAAGGUUUAUCAAUUUUGUUUAUCUUUUCAAAAAGCCAGCUCUUGGUUUCAUUGAUGUUUUCUGUUGUUCUUUGGUCUCUACUUUAUUUCCUCUCUUAUAAUUAUUAUUUCCUUCCAUCUACUAACUUUGGGCUUUGUUCUUCUUUUUCUAAUUCCUUUAGACAGUAGGUUAGGUUAUUUGAAACUUUUCUUCUUUCUUGAGGUAGGCCUUAUAUUGCUAUGAACUUCAAUAAUCACUAUUAAAUUUCCCAGUCUGGUUUGAGGGGUGGGAAAAGACUUACUUUUUUUAAUUUGUCCUCCUUUUUGGUAUUUGAAUUUUUUACCAUAUUCUUCUGUGAAUUUUAUAAUUAAAAUAAGAUUAAAAAAAUUUUUAAAGUCACAGUAAUACCAAUAAACCUAACAGGUACUUAAAAUAUGACUUAGAAUAAAUCCAGACUGCUUAGGAGGAAUAAUUUUCUAAAUUGAGUUAAUUCUCUCUUAUUUUCAGAUGAUUGUCAAGAUUUAGUUCUAUAAGUUCUCAUUUUUUGGUUCAAAAAACUUUUAUUAAUAGCAGACAUAUGGACUUUCUGAAGAACUGUUAUAUAAGCAACACAAAUUUGUGAAAUUAAAGAAAAUACUAGCUAUAUGUUUUGAAUUUAUAGCUUAACUAUAUUGGAAAUUCACUGGCAGAGUGAUGAAUGGUUGUUUCUUAUUGCUUCUUUGGCUUCACUGAGAACAGGACUAGCAUUCUCUAUCUCACGCUAAAUUAAAGGAAGAUGGAGGCCUUAUUUUUCAGAUGCUGCUCAACUUUGGGCCAUUCCUAGCCACCCUUUAAGACUCGGUUGGAGAAUUUUUAGAAGAUUAAAAUGCCCAUAGUUGGCCCUUCCCAAUUAUUUAAUAGUUUUUAUGAUUAAGGGGAAAGAGGCAAUGCUUCUUGACACCUAUACAUGUACUUUGGUAUUAGGUAUUUAACUUAAGUCUUUUGGCAGUUGCAGUAGUGGAAUAUUUGAUGGUAGUUUCUGAAAAACCUAAAAUUAUUCCAAACUUUCAUUCCAAGAAGUGAGACCUUGAGGUUAUUACCUCAAAUUUUGUAUAAAAUUGUAAUAAUGAGUUGUUUUUUAUUUUAGUCAGAUUAAAAAAAAAAAUCUGUGUUCUUAAAUAUAGCAUUGGUUUCAUUUACAAAUACUAUUUCCAAAACAGUUCCAUUACCAAAGCCUGGGAAAAGAACACAACCAAAUAAAAUAUUCUUUGGAUACCUCUACUAGAGAUAGGCUCAGGUUUUCACAUGGAAAAGUAUGGUGAUAUGGAAAUACAUUUUAUUAUCAAGCUUCUUUGAGGAUAUUUACAAAAAGUGGGAUGUAAUAAAAAAUAAAAAUGUACUAAACAGUGUCAUUAUAGACUACUUUGUACAUUAUCAAAUGUUUCUAACAAUUAUUUCUUAUACAAACACAAUGACUUCAAGACAAAAAAAGGUUAUGCAGGUUAUACAGUAACUGGAGAAAUUACUCAACUCCAAAUUAUCUGACAGUGCCUUUACAUUUUUUUUUUUUUAGAAAACUUCUUAG